AUGUCCUUAACUCCCUAUAUAAGACGAGAUUUAGUCCCCCAUGCAAGACGAGUGCGAAGAUCACCGAUCAGAAUACGCAAUUUAGAUACAUCGUAUAGUAGUCAACAAUCAUCGUCGCGUAUUAUUAUUUUAAAUAUUGAAGAUGCAAGAGGAGCUUCAUCAGGAACACAAACUUCAACCUGGUGUUUGAGAUUUCUCGUAGGCCUUCUCGUUGGUCUACUUCUCUUAACGGCCAUUCUUGUUCCAGUUUUGGUGACAGUUCUUAGAACAACGACAUCUACCACGACCUCAACGACAACAAUAACCUUCACGACGACAACGACGACUACUACCACAACAACAACAACAACGACGACAACAACAACGACGACUACUACCACCACAACGACUACCACUACGUCAACUUCCACUACUUCGACGAGUACGUCGACGACCUCAACCACGUCCAGUGCUACAACAACGACAACAACGGCAACUGAAACAACCACUACAAUUACAGCUGUUCCGGGUUGA